CGCCACCCGAAUACCGCGCCCGUAUCGUGACGGUAUGUCCCCGGGUCACUUGGCGUCGGCGGCUUGUAUCGGCAUGUCAGGACGGUAACCUGCCGCCCGUUCUUCCGCCGACUUCUGCGAUGCCAUCAUCGCCGCUCGCCUUUUUCCUCGUCCAUAUUGCCGAUUCUUCGACUCGCUCCAGUUUCUGCCCUCUACUUUCCCCGCGAUUAUUUCCCCACAAUCUCGCGCCUUGAACCCAUUUUUACUUCAGCUUGAUACAGACAGUCGGAGUGGUCUGAACGUGCAACUGUAGGGGUAAUAUCCAUGGCCCCGAAUCUCCGGUAGCCCGCGUGACCGAACCAGGCUUUUUGCCUCGCCUUGCUUUUAUGUCUGCUACCCUUUCAGACUAUGCGCAUAAAGAGUCUUGCUCGAUCGCACACAGCUCCCAUUCUUUCCAUUAUAUGACCGCGGAAUCCGUCCCGCACCCGACUGCUCAGAUGGAACAGGUAGCACAGUCGGGACCAGUUCGUGGGCCAACGACUAGUGAUACCCACAGGAAUGCAGCGGUGGCUACAGCGCAAGCAACUCAAGGCGACCGUGCUCAGAGCACACAUAGCAAGCAGGAUGGUCGACAGGCGAACAAGCGUAGCUUGGAAUACAUCGCAAGGAGCGGGUUAGCGGGGGGUCUAGCGGGGUGUGCUGCCAAAACGGUGGUGGCCCCCUUGGACCGGGUCAAGAUUCUUUUUCAGGCCUCGAAUCCGCAGUUUGCCAAAUACACCGGCAGCUGGACGGGCCUGGUGGCGGCAAUUCGCGAUAUCAAACGACACGAAGGCGGCCGAGGCCUCUAUAAAGGCCAUUCCGCCACGCUUCUUCGCAUUUUCCCCUACGCAGCGAUCAAAUUCCUCGCCUAUGAGCAGAUUCGAGCGGUGGUCAUUCCGUCCCGCGACAAAGAGACUCCGGGUCGCCGACUCCUGUCCGGCAGUCUGGCAGGCAUCACAUCGGUGUUUUUCACAUACCCCUUAGAACUCAUCCGAGUGCGAUUAGCAUUCGAGACAAAAAAGUCCUCGCGAUCAUCCUUGAGAGAUGUCUUCCGUCAGAUUUACCGCGAACGGGUUUCGCCGCCCUCUACGUCGAGCGGAAUCUCCGCGUCGUCAGUGACCGGCGCUACCGCCGCAGCCACGGUCGAAAAUGUGUCCUCGUCCGUGAAUAAGGUCGUGCCCAGCUCGGGUAUCGCCAACUUCUACCGCGGAUUCAUACCCACUAUGAUGGGCAUGUUGCCCUACGCCGGCAUUUCCUUCCUCGUGCACGAUACCGUCGGCGACUGGCUCCGAUUUCCCUCCGUCUCUCACUAUACCACCAUCCCCGAUUCCGACCUCUCUCCCGCUCAGCAGCAAACACAGAAAGCCUUACGACGGCCGCAAUUGACCGCUGCCGCCGAGCUAUUCUCCGGAGCUAUCGCCGGCCUGCUCUCGCAAACCGCAUCAUAUCCAUUUGAGGUGAUCCGAAGGCGCAUGCAAGUCGGAGGUGUUGUCGGUGAUGGCCAUCGACUCGGAAUCGCCGAAACCGCCCGCACCAUCUUCCUGGAGCGGGGAUUCCGUGGAUUCUUCAUUGGACUGACGAUCGGUUACAUUAAGGUGAUGCCGAUGACUGCGACCGGAUUUUUCGUGUACGAGAGACUGAAGUGGUCUCUUGGAAUUUGAUCUUCUAUCUGUUCGGUCCAUACAUACCUCUACCUCGAUUCCUUUUUGCAUUGAAGCGGAAGCUGUCAGGGAUUGCUCUCGUGGUUACUGUUCCUUUAUGUACUCCUUCUCCCCCACCUCGCUCAUCUCACAUAGAGCUCUGAAGACGUUGGCGUCUUACAAUUUCCUUUUGUUUUUUACAUUGUUCAUACCCAUAUUACUCUGUGUUAAGGGGAUCCAGGAUAUUGCGGUACACAAGUACAUAGUUGAAGUCUGUUGCGUGUCAAACGAAAUGAUAUACUGCAUUGAAUCAUACUA